UCCCGCUUCACCGCUUUCUAUCCUUUCGGAUUUCUCAGUAUCAGGAAAGACGAACCAGACAGACAAGGCGCCAGACAACGGACAUCAUUAAACCAUAACCAAGACCAGACCCAAAUGCUGUUUGCUGCUGCGUUGGUCCGCUGUGCAGAUCUCCGGUGGCUACCUACCUACGCUUUGCUCUUGGCUAGCCUGCCACGUAUAAACCGGGAAAGACAGGCACUCCUUUUUUUCUUUUUCUUUUCUUCCUCUCUUCUUCUUCUUUGGGAGAGAACGCCAAAGUCAAGGAAUUCCAGACCAACGGGCCAUUCCCAUCCAGAGCUGCUCUUAAUCCCCCCCGGCAUCCACCGUUUUAUUGACUCUCCCAUCCCGAUCUCAGACAGGCAGAGAGAUUUCCAGCAUCACAUUGCAUCUUCCCACCUCCCUGCUCUACCUUUGCUCAGGUACAUUGCAACACCUCCUGACUAUCUUGAGCCUCGUUUUUGGCCCCGGACCCAGCUCUGCACAGCUAUCGACUCCUUACUCAUUGCCGAUCGAGAGAAAAGAGUGACACUUGGUCGGGUGCUGUCCCAUUAUCGGCACGCAGAGUUGCAUUGGUAAAGAGGCCAGCCACAGACUUUCCCCAACUUCACACUUCGCACCUACCUUGCCUGCGCAAUCCCUCUACCUCCCACUUGCGCGAGCCUGAUUGAUACCUCCUACCUCUGCACCUCUGGUCAACUGUUACUUUUCGGCAAGAGAGAAGGAAAGAAAGAAACGAUCUAGUCUAUUUGGACAAACACACUAUCGACAGCAACAUCUGCAGCAGCUGCAGCUGCAUAAACAAGCACAAGACGCAGGCCCGGUACUUUCGCAUACCUUCUUUGAUCCUCAUUACGCCG